AAUAUGAAUACGUUACUUUAGUUUUGCCGCAGUCUUUGAUUGUCCUUACAUAUGGUUCUCGUCUCUCGAGCCUCAUUGGAUGGUUUUGAGACUGAUUGAUGAAAUGCCGAAUCCUGCUUUUGUAUCAGAUAGCUCAUCGAAUAAUGCUCCACCCCUGUCUUUCAAAGAGAGAAUAGAAGAACUUAUUAGCCAAUUACACUGACUGUGGUUGUAUUAUUUAUACAUUGAACCAAGAGAAAACCAAUAUUAUGAGACUUAUCUGGUACCUCAUAUACGUAACAAGAGUAAACCCGUGCCCUCUCUCAGUGAGUUGAAAAUAAAUGCAUCACUUAUGUUGGGCAAUUCUCAUGUCUCCCUCGGUAGUGCUACCAGGUUGCCACAGAAUUAUAUACCAAUUGGAGGAUAUCACAUAGAAAAUGAUGUGAAACCGCUGCCUAAAGAUCUACAAAUGAUAAUGGAUAGUGCAGAUCACGGUGUGAUAUAUUUUAGCAUGGGGUCUAACUUGAGAAGCGAGGACCUCCCUGAAAGUGUGACAAGAGGAAUUCUGGAAGUGUUCGGUGGACUCAAGCAGACUGUCAUAUGGAAGUUUGAGAAAGAUUUACCUAAUCGGCCUAAGAAUGUUCAUAUCGUACACUGGGCGCCACAGCAAAGUAUUCUGGCGCAUCCCAAAAUUUUGUUCUUCAUUUCUCAUGGUGGUCUUCUAUCAACGACGGAAGCUGUCCACUUUGCAGUUCCUAUGAUCUGUAUACCUGCUAUGGUGGACCAAUUUGCCAAUGUGAACAGAGCUGUAAGAAAGGGAUUCGCAAUUAAAGUAGACCUUUCUUUUACUAUGGAUAAAGAUUUGGAAAUAGCCAUUCAUACAAUGUUAAGUAACCCCAAAUAUACAGUAAAAGCCAAAGAACUAUCAUUUGUGUACCACCAUAGACCUUUACCGCCUGGUGAUGAGAUCCUGCAUUGGGUGGAUCACGUAGUAACGACGAAUGGUGCGGUACAUCUCAGAUCUCCUGCACUGGACAUGCCCUGGUACCAGAAGUUAUACAUCGACUUACUUGCUGUUGUCCUAGUAUUUUUUACAGCAUUAAUAUUUAUCAUAAAGAGAGUUUGUUUAGUUUUAGUUAAAGGAAAGAAAACUAAAACAAAUUAAAUAAUGACAACUGUAAUACAACAUUGGGAAUUUGUUUCGUUAAAAAAAACCAGGCGUAUACUUAUGUACACGCGUUAGAAGUUAUACUUCUUUGGCGUAACAAGAUAAAAAUCUAUACUACGUAAAAAAAUG